GGGCACAUUUCAAACUGCCAUUUUAACCCUCGCCUAACCGCAAGGGUGAAAGAGUCUGUUUGUGUUGCGAAUCCGAAGCCCCAAGCCGAGAAGAGCAUAAAAAACCGCGAGGCCAAGGAGGAUAGCACGCAGAGGAAGCAAAAUGGCGAACGCUAACUUGGAAGAUGUUCCUUCUGUGGAUCUCAUGACUGAGCUUCUCCGUCGCAUGAAGUGCGCCUCCAAACCCGACAAGCGUCUUAUCCUCAUUGGUCCACCUGGAUCGGGAAAAGGCACCCAAUCACCAAUCAUAAAGGAUGAGUAUUGCCUGUGCCACUUGGCUACUGGUGACAUGUUAAGAGCUGCUGUAGCAGCUAAAACACCUCUUGGCAUCAAGGCUAAAGAAGCGAUGGACAAGGGAGAACUUGUUUCGGACGACUUGGUUGUUGGAAUUAUAGAUGAGGCAAUGAAGAAACCAUCAUGUCAGAAAGGUUUCAUUCUCGAUGGUUUCCCUAGAACUGUGGUCCAAGCACAAAAGCUUGAUGAGAUGCUGGAAAGGAAGGGGGUAAAACUCGACAAGGUACUCAAUUUUGCAAUUGAUGAUGCUAUCCUUGAAGAAAGGAUUACCGGCCGUUGGUUACACCCAUCCAGUGGGAGAACCUACCAUACAAAAUUUGCCCCGCCGAAGGUUCCAGGAGUUGAUGAUGUUACUGGGGAACCCCUGAUUCAGCGCAAGGAUGACACAGCAGCUGUCUUGAAAUCUAGACUGGAAGCAUUUCACAGACAAACGGAACCAGUUAUUGAUUAUUAUUCAAAGAAAGGUCUUGUUGCUGACCUUCAUGCAGAGAAGCCUCCCAAAGAGGUUACAACUGAGGUCGAGAAAGUGCUGUCUUCAUAGUGCUUUCUAAAUCAGUGCGGAAUGCAUUUGUUUUUGGCCCAUUGAAAACAAUCAUUGUUGCUAAUUUGUAAUUUUAAUUAAAUAUGUGAAGACGCGGGUUUCGCCUGACUUUUAACGUUGCUGAUUUUUCGCCGAAAACAAAACUUGCAUGCGGGCUCAUGUCGAAGUAUUUGAUGAGUUAUAUCUACGAAAUAAGGUGAAUUGAAGAUGCCAGGGCGAAGUUUUGUUCAUCGCAA